AUGGGCGGACUCGCGAGACUCGUGAGUUGCGAUGGGAAUCGCAAUGUCAGCUGCGAUGCCUUCACGGAAUGUACCUAUGUUACAGCGCCGAACCACAAACGAAGAUCAGCAACAGAAUUCCCCACUACAAAGAAACAAACAUCUCAGGCAUAGACGAAUUUGGAGGUAAACUUCACUCGGGCUCCAAUGGAAUCAUCAGAUUGUUGGUCAAGGCCUUGCACACAGAGAACAAAGCUUCGAGAUGUGAAGCCUAUCAAGCGCUGCGCCGAUUUAGUUGGCCGCGCGCUGUUUGGCUUAUGCAGAUUGUUGAAUCAGACAGACUCUUUUACAAUGAACUUGCUAGCAGAUGCUAUGCUUUUGCUGCGCACUGGCGCGGUGCUGUCGCUUUGUUGGUUGAAGCCCGAUCCAUGCUUCUACAAGGAGGCGAGGACAACUUUUUCAGAGCCAGUAAAACAUGUGUCAGAGCUGGGCACUGGGAACAAACGAUUGGAGUAUUGUCGGAAACAUCCUCUCCGUUUGCUUCAUCACUUGGAGCCACACCGAAGAACUGGAGCAAUGGUUGCUACCGCGAUGAUGUUGACUAUGGUGACUCCUUGUCCAAAAGUUGGCAGCUGCAAAGGAUUUGUGAAGAGGAAGCUCGAUCAUCGCAGUGGCAGCCGGCAAUGCUUUUACUGGAUUCCCUGCGAUGCAGAGGUUUGAAGAAUUUGCCACGCGGUGUGUACAGCUCCUGGUUCUUGGGAGCAUGUGGUCGUGCUGGAAACUGGGCCUUCAGCCUGGAUAUCUUUAACAAAAUCAAGUCUCCACGACGGCAGGCAAUCUUGAAUCAGGUGGCCUAUGAGUGUCAGCGAGGACGCUCCUGGCUUCAAGCAAUUUCCCUCUUGAACGAAAUCCGUAGCAGAUAUGUCAGGUCAAUACUUACUGCGUUCGAGAAAGUCAUGGCUGCCUGCCGUCUCAGUGGCGCCUGGCAUCGUGCCUUGACGGUUCUGGAUAUGGCGCUUUCUGAUGGGCAUUUGCCAAGGAACAAGACCUGUUCUGGUGCACUGAGCGCCUGCAGAGAAGGGCGUCAAUGGAAGAUGGCAGCGCAGCAGUUUGACCAGAUGCAAAGUCGAUGGCUUUUGCGACCUCAUCCAGAAGCUUACAAUCCGUUGAUCGAAGCUUGCAAUCGGGCUGGAGAAUGGCGGGCAUGUAUAGCCUACUUAAGGCUGAUGUCAAGAGAUGAAUUGACACCGGACAUCGUGGGCUACUCGUCUGCUGCCCGGGCAUUGCUGGAGAACAAGAAGACUGACAUGACCAUGGAGCUUCUAAAGGAGAUGCAGCUUCAACGUUUUGACAUCAAUCCAUUUGCGCCCAUUGUCUUCACAGCAUCAUUGAAGCGGAAGGGAUGCAACUGGCUCGAAUCAGCCGUUCUACUGCAUCGCUUUCACCACUUUGGCUGUCGAUUGGACAUGAAGAUGAUGACGCAAUUCGCCUCAGCAACACGUGGCGGUGGCUGCAGUGGUGGUGAGUGGCUACGGACUUUGGAGCUUUCUAUGGCCACUAUGGCUGCUCAGAGUUUGGAGGUGGAUGUUGCAGCCUUGAAUUUGGCCAUUGGAACUUCUUCAGCAGCCUCUGGCUGGCAGAAGGCCAAUGAACUCCUAGGUUGGUCUUUGCGGAACCAGCUUCUUGUCGAUGAAGUCACCCUGGCAUCGUCUGUUGGUUUGGUGCAGGUUCGGACAACGACAGUGCAGGCAAAUGCUUGGUCUCGUGCGAUGUUGAUGCUUCAGAAACAAGGCAUCGACAGCAGGCUCCUGCACGUUGCUGCUCUCAGCUCGUGUUGCAAGGGUCUCGGUUGGAGCAGCGCGCUUGGUGUUCUAUCCGACAUGCGCAGCGGCAGCAUCCGCCUCGACAUCAGCUCCUUCAACUCUCUGCUUCGAGCCUGUCAAAAAGGACAGCUUUGGUUGAAAGUUUUCAGCUUGGUCGACUGGAUGCAGGUGAGUGGCUCCUUGCUUCCUGACAUUGUGACAUCUGAUGCCAUGGUUGGUGGCUAUGGCCGUGCGAAUUGGCAGGGCGCCAUCCAUCAUCUUUUCAGUGCAAGGCGAUCGCGACAAAUUGACCGAGCAUUAGUCUGCUACGGUAUCCAAGUCGUAGGAGAGGCUGGAAGGAAAAAGGCGGAGGACCUCAAGAUGGCCUUUGCUGAUUAUCUUGGAACUGGCCGGGAGACAAAAACUCAACGCGUCUCACAUGGAAGUGGCAUGCCGUUGAGCAGUCGUGUGGAGAUGCGUCGGAGUUGGAAAAGAGCUCUCGAUUCUUUCGAUUCUUUCCAUCGAUGCAUUUGCAGCACCGGCAUCUUUGAGAAAUGA